CAUACGUACAUAUUCAUGCCCUUUUCUUCAUCUUCAUCAUCAUCAUCAUCAUCUCUCUUCCAUCUUCACACUUUUUUUUUUUAUAUCUCCGAUCAGUAAUUCGAACAAGAGAAAAUGGAACAGAGACUUAUAGUGUCUUGUUGUUCGAUGUUUCUGGUAUUUGUCGCGUUGAGUGUUUGUCUGAGUUCUUCGGUGGAUGCGUACAAGAACCACACUGUCGGAGAAUCAAUGGGUUGGUUCGAUGAUCAGGAGAAACCAGGCGUCGAUUUCCAGAAAUGGGCCGAUUCUAAAUCCUUCUCCCUCGGCGAUUUUCUCAUUUUCAACACGGAUAGCAACCAUUCGGUGAUUCAGACGUACAAUCUCACAACGUACAAACUAUGCAACGGCAACGACGCGAAUGGCAACGACACGACCGAAUGGUCGGAGGCUAAUCCCUCGGCCACGACACCCGUCCCCGUAUCGGUGGCCGUACCUCUCGUGAGAGAAGGCAUGAACUAUUUCUUCUCCGGGAAUUACGACGGAGAGCAAUGCAGAUUAGAGGGGCAGCGUUUCAAGAUCGACGUGAAACAUGGUCAAGGUUUGCGAUCUCCACCGUCCGAUGAAGAUCAGACGGCUCCAGGGCCUGAUGGGUCUCCGCAGUCGGGCGACGAUGAAGAAGCAGCACCGGAUACGAUCGUGCCUGCCAACUUCGAUAACCCUAAAGAUAUAGAGAGUGACGACGAUGACGAGGGGAAGAACAGAUCUGGUUGCAUGUCAAUGUUUACGUAUAGGUUUUGGUUUUGGAAUUGCGUUGUUUUGGUUUUGAUGGGAUUAUUCGUAUUUUGAUCUUUUUUUUUUGUUAUUUUGGGUUGUAAUAAAUGAUUUAUUCAAAUUAUAUGAUUACAUAUUGAAUGAUUUA